UCCAUGUUCACACACCUCCGGGGCAGAAGAGAGACAUCUGCGCCCGGGCUGCAGGACUGAACGCCUGAAAGUGCCCUGGGGGCAGAGCCACCCGGGGCGCUCGGGCAGAAUGCAGGGUGGGGGGGACUGGAGAUGAAGCAUCGCGGAGACGAGGAUAAGAGGACCCGGCAGAAAGGCUGGUGGAGGGCCGUGCGGAAUGUCAGCGGAGAGGACAGUACCACCCAUCCCAAACUUUCACAGACCCGGGGGCCUAGCAAGGGAGAGCCAGGCAGAAGCACCUGCCACUCCCGCAGCCCCGCGCGCCCAGCUGCAGCGAGGAGGGGCCGCACGCAGCGCCGGCUGGACGCCGGCGGUCCCCGCUUCGCUCCCACCCGCGGGGCCAAAGGGCCGCCAAAGGGCACUGAGCGCCGUCCACGGGAGCAGCCAGAUCUCGGGGCUCCAAUCUGCACGCAGGCUGCGAGGAAGGGGGAUCCAACGCGGACUGGGAAAGGAGAAGGGAACUUGACCUCACAGCCGCGCCCAGCCAGGUGGGGCGGACUGGACAUGCCCUUGGGCAGCCCGAGGGCGCGCGGGCUGGAGUCAGGGAGGCUCCAGAGGAAGUGAGUGCAGAGAUCUCCACGGGCUGGAGACAUCGGAUUAAAAAGAAAUAUGAAAAGCAAUGCAAGCAGCCGCGAGAGCCUGGCAGUUUAGAAGACACCCCUCCCCACCAGGAGGACGACAGUGACACGCACUCGCGAAGACGAAGCGCGCCUGGGCGGCCGCGGGUCUGCGCGGAGGAGCCUCCUGCCCAGCCUGGGGCGUGCGUUCAGACGCCGACAGCAACGGCCAGAAACCGAGAUGCGCCGCGCAGCCCCGGGACGGCCCCUGCUGGGGAAACUCCGGGGCGGCACCGCGGGCCGCUGACCCCGCGCGGGUCCGAGGGGUGUGCCGCGGCCCCGCCCGCCUCCGCCCACUCCCGCGUCCGCCGCGCGCCCCUCCCCGCGGCGGCGGUGGCGGCAGCGGCGCUUGCUGGGGCGGCGCGGAGCGGCUCGCCAACCGCCGGUGCCUGCGCGCUUCAGGCUGCUUGGGGAAUUCACUUUGCCGUGUGUACGCUUCUGGGUCCUCAGGAUUCUUCUGAUGGCUUUCUGUCUCCGGCCCGGUUCUUCCUUUUAAAAGGAAAACUUUACUGCCAUUUCCCUCUCCCCUUGCAGGAGAGGAUUAAAAGUUCCAAGAACUGGUCCGCCCGUGCCGCGCGGGCGCCGGGACGGUGUGUGUCGGCGGGGGUCUCGUCCCAUCAUGUGCACCAACAUAGUUUACGAGUGGCUGAAAGCGCUGCAGCUCCCGCAGUACGCGGAGUCCUUCGUGGAUAACGGCUACGAUGACCUGGAGGUGUGCAAGCAGAUCGGGGACCCGGACCUGGACGCCAUCGGGGUGCUGGCGCCCGCGCACCGCCGCCGCAUCCUGGAGGCCGUGCGCCGGCUGCGGGAGCAGGACGCCGCCGCCGCCGGCCUCUACUUCACGUUGGAGCCGCAGCCUCAGCCCGCGCCGCCCGGGCCGCCCGCCGCUGCCUUCUCCACCGGCCGCCGGGGGGAGCCGUACGGCGGCCCGGCCCAGGGCACCCGCGGGGACCCCCGCAGCCAGACGACCGCUCCCCUCGGCAGGGAGCUGGUGAGCUACCCCAAGCUGAAGCUGAAGAUCAUGAUCAGGGAUAAGCUGGUCCGUGACAGCAUCCACCUGAGCAAGCCUCCCUACUCCCGCAAGGUCCCAUUGGCUGGCAUCCUAGAGUACUUAAUGAAUUGGCCGAAGUCAUCACAGAACCGCUAGAUAUCAUUUUUGAGAACUCGUGGAGGACUGAUGAGGUGCCUGAAGACUGGAAAAGGGCAUAUUUAGGACACCUUCUUUCAAAAAGGGAAAUGGAUGGUGACCCUGGAAAUACUCAUCAGCUUAAAUUUUGCUUGGAAAAAUUCUGGAAUAAUCAGUACACUGGGUAACUAACCUACACAUAGCUAGAAACGAGGCAGUGAAAGAUCACACAUUAAGAAGUACUGAGUUCAUUUUUAAAGGACACAUCAUUGCGAGAUACAGUCUUAUGCAUAUUUUGGGAUUCUUCCCUCUAUUCUAUGAGCUCUUGAUGAAAAUAAAUUAGUUUGGCUAAGGUUUUUGGAAUUAAUUUUAAGUGUAACACUAGACAAGAAGCAGGUUUCUGGCAUUUGCUAGUAAUUACAUCAUUUUGAAAUUAACCUGUAACUUGAGAAUAGUAGCUUUAAUUUUGUAUUUUAACAUACUCUUUUCUUUUCACUUUAUAUAGGACCAUGUUUUCAUAGGUUGGGAUGUUUAUAUAAUUCUAUAUAGGCUACUUUGGUGAGGGAAUUCUUAUUUUAAGGUGCUUUCUAUGUUCAUUUUAUAUAUAUAGGUACAUUUAUAAAGCUGACUAAUUAAGGCACAUCACCAAAGGAAGCCGAUUUUUUCUAACUUUUUUUAAAAAAAAUUAAUCUGGCUGAAGUUCAGUGUUAGGGCCCAUAGACUGCCCUGCUCUGACACACACUGAGCAAGAGCCAGCUCUGGGCCUUGGAGGCUGGUUUUCUUCAUUCAGUGGACACUGCCAUGAUCGGGGCCUCGCCUCACCCCACCUCACCCUGCUCCCCAGGUGUCUCACCUCAGGUCUGUGGGGCCAGGGAGGUGGGAGUUCAGAACCUGGUCUAACUGCAGCCAAGAUGGAGAAUAGAAUGAGGUGGGAGGAGGAAAUUAGGAUGGUUCUGGAGUUUUUCUGAUUCCUGUUGUUCUUGCCUUUGGAUAUUGGCAGUUUUAUUUUCUGCUGAGAAAAUGCAACCAUGUUGAUAGGACCAAAAAUUUAGUUAAAAGGAGGUCAUCAAAAAAGAUAUAGACAUGCAACAAGCUCUCGAGUCAGGCAGCUCCUGAGAGGAGCUGAGCAGAAUCUUCCCUCUGCUAUUGAGAAGUAAGAGAUGCUGGUUUACAGCAGCGUUGUGAUGCUCCAGAGUUGGAAACAUUCAAAGGGAAAGAAACCUACAUUCAUUUCUUCCUGGUAUGCACCUGGUCCCCAGGAAUGGGUAGGCAGGGAAGGGUGAUUUUAUCACAAUACUGCUUUAAAAAAAUCUAAGGUUUACAUGGUUUAGCUACUUCUAGAGAUUAAUUUAGAUACUAGAUAAAUUCAGUCUCAUUCUUCACUAUAAAUUCUAGGAAAUUAAGAUCUAAAUGUUUGUACAAGUUUUCUUUUAAACAUACAUAGCUUGCAGUUUUAUAAGAAUUAUACUCGAAACUUCAAUCAUGGUUCUUCAAGUGAACUAGAGUCUUUAAAAUUAACAAGCUAUAUAUAUAUAUAUAUAUAUAUAUAUAUAUAUAUAUAUAUAUAUAUUAAUUGAUUUUUAGAGAGAGAAGAAAGAAGAGGGGGAGAGAGAGAGAGAGGGAAAGAGAAAUAUCAAUAUGAGAGAGGAACAUCAAUCAUUUGCUUUCCACACACCCCCCGACCUGGGAUCAAACCUGCAACUGGGUGUGUGCCCUGACCAGGAAUUGAACUGGCGACCUUUUGGUGCCUGGGACUACCCGCACCGGGCAGGGCAACAAGCUAUACUUUUAAAGGAGUGUGUCAGGGGAUCUCUCCUGUAGGUCACAGGUAUAAUUUAUUAUGAUAAUAAAUGGCUUCCUGUUGGAGACCUCAUUUCCAGGUGCAGCACCUGUGGCGGAUUUAUUUCACAGACAUACAUUUACAUGCAUUUGCUGAACUGCUGCUAGAAAGGGACCUAAUUUCUGAAAAACCUAUUGUUUUCACUGUGGGCAUUAUGGUACAAUGUAAUGCAACCCAAAACGGGACUUUCUGGUCAUUUCAAGUUUUUUUUCUAUUUGUGUGAUGUCCAAUGUCAGUUAUUUUGCCAAAUUUAAGUCUUCUCUGUGUGUUGGCUCUUAGGGUUUGAAGAUAACAGUCCUCUACCUAAUUGAAGAAUCACAACUUAGAACAGUGAAAUAGCUGAUGGAUUUUAAAGAUUUUUUACCUAAAACUUUACCUAGCUUUUUACCUAAGACUUUAAAAGAAGCAGAGAAGUAUUUCAUUAAUUCCUUUGCAUUAAAUCAAGAUGAGGUAAGAGUUAGAAUGUAAGAGAAAGGUAGUCACCUUGCCAUGAACUGUUUCUGGUGAUAAUUGCUCUACAAGGAGUCAUUUUCUCCCCAUUGUUUUUCUUUUAAAUCUAACAUUUGUGAUGCCCUUAAAUUUUUGUUAUGCAAAAGAAGUGGCUGAGGGACAAGUGUUAUCAAAACUAGAGGAUUAUUCUAAUUUAUUUUUCCUAGAACAUCAAGAGAGAUUAAUUACUGACAUUUACUUCAUAAUAUUGAAAAAUUUGGAGGAUUAUGGCAAAGUUUACUUCAAGUUCAUUUUAAAACAAAGCUUGUGGGGUGGGGGAGAAAGAUUUUAUUCAAAAAAAAUUUUUUUCUUGGCCUAGGGAAUGCAUAAUUACCAAAGGACUUUUCAGCAAUGCAGAAUAGAUGCACUCAAGCAGUUUCUCAGUCCAGAGACAUUCACAGCACCUUGGUGUUGUGAAAGCAACAAGAACAAUAAGAAUUGGGUUUUUACUUUGGAGUUCCUCAGGUCUUAGUUCAAAAUCAAGAUCACAUUCAUAACUUUUUUUUUUUUUGUCUGUGGUGAAUCUAAGAACAUAAACUGUAGAUAGCAUGGGAAUGAUUUUGAACAAUUAUUAAAUUCAUCACAGCCUUUUAUGCUUGUCCAUAAAAUGGGAAAAAUAAAUACCUCCUGUAGUGCUUAAGAGGCUUAAGAGUCCUGCAGCCUACACCCACACAGUCCUUGCAUCAGUUUGUGGCACAUAGUAGGUGCUGAGUGCCUCUCUCUCUUUCCUUCUUUGCUAUCAGCAACCUUCUUUAUUUCCUCUUCUAAGAAAGACAUUACCUUAAAACUGACCAGAAAACUCAAACAUAAAUUGACCUGUUCUUCUUGCUGCCUUGAACCCACUGAAUAAGGCCCCUUUGAUUUCUUUUAGGAAGGAUAAAAGAAAAAAUUACAGUGGCCCCUCGCAGUAGGAGUUGUGUAAAUGUUUACUGAUUGAAUAAAAGAAUGAACAAAUUCAUGAGGCCAGCACUUGUCAAGUCUGGGAGAUAGUCAUAUAGACACAUAUGAAAGUAUCUCGCUGAUUUUCCUCUUUUUAAAACAGCUUUAGACUUAUAAGUUUGGUGUGCAAAUUAGUGAGUAGUAUAUGUGCAUUUUUCUGUAAUUUUGUGACUUGAUUUACAAAUUAGGGGUGCAAAGGGGCAGUCCCCAAUGGCUGCUUCUGGGCUAAAUUCAGUCAAGAUAUGAAGCAGAUGACGGUAAACAGCAAACCCUUCUAUGUGAAGAGAAACCAGAUGUGCCAGGGUCUGGGAAGCACCUGCCAGAAACCGAGAUGGUUCUCAUAAGAGUCUCAGUGCUGGAAACACAUCCCUUGCCUGGGUGCUAAGGAAUAACAAAAAGAUUCAAGAAAAUUAAACUUUUGGACAGAAUAUUUGGUUUAUGUAACUUUGUACAAGUAAUACUUAAUUAGGUGUCAAAACACCAUGUUAGUGGAAGAGUUCUGAAUUUUGAAAUAAAUAAGGAAUAAAGAGUUGAAUAUAAUAUCCAGAGAUAUACACAAGCAAUGAGCUAGAGCCUGACCCUGCAUCGCCAGUUCUCCAUUCAGGCCAAGGGCCAAGUAACAGGGAAUUCUUAGAAGAGAUUAGCUGACACCUUGUGCUUAGAAUAGAGCCAUAGAGUUGCUGUAUUAAAUUACACAAAAUAGAUUAUGCAGAGCAGAGCAAAUCAACUAGGCUUUCUUUCUCUUAUAGAAUUUCUAAUUUUACUCUAUGCAGCCUCGAUGAUCAUCAGUUAGACAUUCCUACAUAGAUAUUUUACACUGUUCAGAUUCUUUGAUUAAAAAAUUCUGUUCAGCUUUAUAUUAACUUCUAUUAACUAAUAAAAUAACUUUCUACUCCAUGAUCACUAUAGUAGAUAUUUCCUUAAAAGGCAAAAAAAAGUAGUUUAGAAACAUGAACAACGUAACAUUUUUACUUAUCAAAAUAGAUGUUUCUUUAAAAAUUUUUAAAUUCCUAAAAAUGAAGUUUUAUUUGUUGUUGUUAAAAAUAUAACUUUUAGAGGAAAAUGGGGGGUUAAAUUUCACAGUAUGAGCUGGGUGGUAUGUUUUUGACAACUUGACCAACAUUUCUUUCAUUGGAACAAAAAGAAGGCACUUUUUAAAUGUUACUUAAGAUGACAAAUGUCUUUUCUAGAUGUGUUCUGUAACAUGCCCUUUGUCAGACAAAUUUUCCCUUAUUAUUCCAAAAAUGAAAUGCUGUGUUGCAUGUGUUAUGGGAAAGGUAGUGUUUGAUUGGGGCAAAUGUUAGAAAUUCUAUUGUUCAUUGCAGUUGUCACCCUGUUCCCCAAGCUUGGCAGUAUUCUCAGAUCCUUUUUGGAUUUGUAAAGCCAUUAUUCAUUGAACAUUUCUGCUUAUACAGAAGUGUGUGCAUGGCCCUGUAUAAUCAACAUGUGUACAUCCAAGUAGCCAAGCACAGAGUCAUUCCUAGGGAAAACUGCAGGUUUGGUUUUGUAAAUGCCAUUACAAUUGACACGUCCCCCCUUCGGUUAUUGUUUUGAGAAGGGGUUGUAUGAGAAGGCACUAUGAAAAGCCUAAUUGGAACAGCAUUAUGAACCAUGGAGUGUAUGCCCGUGCAGCCCUGUGAUUUGCAAACAUAUGUUCGUUCUUCAAUAAAUGGCACGGCGUUCACAGC